UCACAGGUGUGCAUGGAAACCUGCGAAACCAUCUAGUGUCGCUUUGCAAUGUGCAUGUGUCCCUGACUGGAAAACUUAGACUGCGGACACACUGGAGUCAAGCUACAAUUCAGAAGUAGGAAAACAACUCCUGGAAAGAUGUUCCCCUGGUCUGCUGUGUUCUCUCUGGAGCCGAAGGUGCCUGGCCAGCGCACUCCGGAGGAGCUGGUCACUAACACCCUGAUGUUGGAGCUGGGUGCCAUGGUGAAGCGUACUGAACGUAUUUGUUUGGAGAAGGCCACCAAGGUGCGCCGUCGCAGCUCCUCUUCCUCACCAGACUACAGCUGGCUGGCCGGGCCUCGACCCCAUGUACCAUAUGAGCUCACAGAUAGAGAUGUGGUGGACUUGCAGGAGCUCUGUGCCCGGAUCCCACCUUCACAGUGCGGCCCUGUUAUUGUCAGGUUUCGCAAUCUUGUGUCUGAGAUUGAGCCAGAAGUGCAUAAGGUUCCUCAGCUGUUCCGCUCAGUGCUGAGGGCCUGUCUGGAUGAGGAGCAGGCUGAUGAAGACCUGCAGGUGCGCACAGCACGUUGGGAGAAGCAGCGCAGUAAAAGCCUGUCAUUCGUCACCUUCCGAUCCAAGUUCCGUGCACUUAGCCGUGGCAUGGGUAGCUUCAGUGGUUCCCGGGGCAACCUACAGGAAAGCACAUGGUCAGAGGAGGAGGAAGAAGAAGCUGCAGAGCAGGUGACAUCCGGGGCAUCACGACCAAGAAGAGGGAGGAGCCAAAGCAUGCCAGAAAUAAUCCCAACAGAGGGGUCUGCUCAGAGCUGAAGAGUGAGGAGCAAGGAAAUAGGGAACAGGGCAAUGUGGAGAGGAGAAGGAAGGAAUGGACAGGGUACCUUCAUGGUGCAAAACAAGUAGAAAGACAAAGUGUGUAGAAGAGCGUGUUAGAUCGUCAUUCACACAUGUACUCACUUUAUAACAAAAAUGUACAGUUAUGAUUUUAGUCUAUUGACUUUUUUGUUUAUACAAGCAAGAUUUGUUUGACCGAGGGGCGUUCAAAUAAAACCAGGACUUCUAAAUAGCAGAAUAACAGAACUGUUACCAUUGUUUCAUUGUGUUUCACUAGUGCUUGGAUACCAUCUAGGUAGAAAGCUUUCUCAGGAUGCUGGAGCCAUGAUCAGACUCCUGCUUCACAUCUGAAACGCUGGCCUCUCAGGAACUUCUUUUAUAAUAGGGGAUCAUGUACAUAAAUAACAGUAGUUUUAACUAGGUACUUUAACUUUUCUAUUAUUUUGCACAAUCCUGGUUUGACUUGAACACCCCUCACCACAAAUACUAAACACCAUUUCCAAAGUUUUACAUUGAUGAUAGAAUUUUUUUAAAUAUCACAGCACAUCUCAAAUUUGAUUAGUUAGAUGCUGUCAAUUGAGGCAACAAGUCUAAAAGUAGUGUCUGGAGUAAGGCUAAUCACAGUUUUAAAAAAUGCAUUAAUGUGGUUAAGCUAACAUGUUAUUUUGCAUCAUGUAAUUUUUUUCUUUUAACAAAUUGUACCCAGGGAUGUUCAUUGCAAAUGAUCUAUACAAUCUAACUUCAGGUUAUAUUACACCAAUGGUCACUAAUACAGUCCUUUAAGACAAGAAUACACAACAUAAGGUUUAGGUUAGUCUACAAGCUUGUACUGAUAAACUUGUCUAUAAACACACAGAAAAAGGAGCCAGGUU